AUGAAAGAUCAAGCUAAUUUUAAAACUGAAUUUCCUCGAUUUCGUUCACCUUGUCCAACAAAAGAUGAAAUCUUUCGGGACUAUAUCAAAAAGGAACAAAUGAUAAAUCGAAGUCCUACUUUCAAAUAUUUCUCCCACGUCAACUCCCAUUGGAUUCCACCUCCAGCGAAGACCACAAAUGCCCCAAAACGAACAAAAUCAAGUAAAAAUGUUGAUGUGAGUCGUUGCCGAAGAAGUAGGAGUUGGAGUCAUUCCGAGGAGAAAAUUGAUAAGAGGGAUGAAGAGAAACCACGAAACUGGACGAAAUUUGUGAAUGAUAUCGACAGAUCCAUUGAAAAUCUAUCACACAGUGUUCGAGGUCUACUUAAGAAUACUGAGAAUGAGAAAGAAGAGGUUCGUUUCGAGCAUACACCUGUGAAGGAUCAACCAAUAUACGGUAGAGACAGCGGCGUUUUUCGUCACAGUUCAAUAAAGGAGGCUGUAGCAAAUGGAGAAAUCGACAGAUUAACAAACGAACUACAGCAAACACGGGAAGAACUGCACCAAUCAGAAACAAGACAGGCUUCUUUAGAAGCCCUUAAAUCUCACCUUCAACUCCAGUUGAGACAACGCUCAGCACAAUGUGAUCGUAUUGUAGCACAACUGCAAAAUUCAAAAUCGAAAACCCACCAAACCGUAGUCAAAUUGACUCAACAACUUGCUGACGCUGAUGCUAGGAUUCAAAAACUCUCCAAACAACACGAUCUCCUCAAACAUGCAGCGAAGGGACAAAAGAAACGGGCAAUUAAAGCUGAAGAAGAAAUCGCGAGAUUAAGAGAUCAGAGUGAUGGAAAAGGGAGAGAAAGGAAUACGGAUGACACUGCUAAAGCAAUUGCUUACCUUGAGCAGGACAAUAAACGAUUACGCGAAUUAGCAGAUAUUUAUGAAGAACGAUUAGCGACUACAGAAAAGGAAGUUGAAAAACUUCGAGAACGGCUAUCUCAAACGAGUGAAAAAGGCCUAACCGUCAAUGAUGGACUUGAAAAGAUGUCAUCAAACUCCACCCGACCAAUUCCACCAAUCAAAACAAAAAGCGAACCCCAAGGUGAUUUGCUCACUCCAUCACUGCCACCACUAAACAAGGCGACUGAGAUGGAGCUGAUAGUUCGUGAUCUACAGGAGAAGUUGGCUCAAUCUGAGGCGUCAAACAAGAAUCUGCAAGCAUAUCUAGCUUUUCUGAAACACUCUUACACCAGCAUAUUCGAUGAGGAUGAUGGAAAAAAAGGUGUGCCUGCAUCAUCGGCAGUCGUUGCUAUGGUUGCACCAGAAAUCCACACACCUAACGAUGCUUCUCCGGGUCUAAUUGAAUAG